AUGCAACUUACUUCCAAGUCCGCCGCCGCGGGGCUCCUUGUCGCCCUCUUCUGCGUCUCGGCGCCGGGAAGACAGACUUCUUUCUCUCUCGAAGCGUCUGAACUCGCAAGAGACGCGAGACCCCUUUUUUCUCUCCCCGCGUUGACGGCCGCGCAGGCCGCCACUCUCGUUCGGCGCACGCGUACAGCCGAAGCGCCUGCGGCGACACCUGAGGACGACGGGAACGAUGAGGACGAAGUCCCUCUAAAACUGGAGAAGAGACGCACGUUUCGGUCCCUCUCGCUCCCGAACCACAGACGCAACAAAAAGAUCAUGCAGAUUGCUCAGUGGGCGGGACUCGGCCUCGCCGUUCUCACUCUUGUCGGCGCUCUCGGCUACGCAGUGCGCCCUGAGAAGCAAGCGGAGAACCUGGAAGUUGCCAAAGUCACCAACACUAGCGAGAAGAGACGCCAGACCCAGAAAAGCCAGGCAAAAGGAGAACCGGCGCGCCAGGAACCUGGUGUCUUUGGAAGAUUCGAAAGAAAGUUCAUCUCCAAAGUGAAGAGUCCGGCUCUGCGCGUGCGACGAACUUUGGACGAAGCCGCAGACAAGACGGACCUCGGCGCACCGAUGGCGUAG